AUGGCAGAUCAACUUAGUGCUGGGAUGUCGAAACUCAAAGUAGGAGCUGUGGCGCUGCCCGAAAAAAGAUCUCCAGGAACAAUCGGAUCGAAAUUCGAACUCGUUACCAACUUGACUGCCUUAAAAUUUUCAAUGUCUACAAUACACAACGAUUUGAUGUCCAAUUUAGAAUUGAAGCCCAAUGUGCCAUAUUAUAAGUACGACGUGCGCAUGUACAUCGUGUACAAGGGGGAUGAUGCACGAGAGCACUUGAAGGAACUAACCAAGCAAACGAAAGACGAUUUCCCUGAACAGGAACGCAAAGUCGCCGCGGUAGCUGUAUACAAGCAUAUUUUGAAGUCUUUCGCAGACGUUUUCCCUAAGGAUGGGACUUUCUUCUAUGACAGGGCUGCUGUUCUCUUUUCAGCUCAGAGGGAACUUAAACUCGGAGGAGAGGAAAAAGUGAUGAUGUUGCCCGCAAGUCUGGUGUCAGCAGCUGGUAGCGGUGCUACCGGUAUUCGUGUCGUAAUCAAAAAAGUCACAGAUGGGUACCAGGUAUGUUUAGCUUCCUUACUCAGCCAGUGUGGUUUGGGUUCAGACAUUGGUGUAGCUCCAUGGCGAGACCACUGCAGUCGUCGUGCUCCAACUCCUACACUUCUCUAUCUAGCUUAUUUGUUAUUGAGAUCUCUUUCUAUCUGUGCUGAAAUCUCUUUCUAUCUAUCUUAUAUUGUACCGCGUUCAGACUUCGCCGCACGAGCGAUUUCAUAUAGAAGUCUGAACGAGGUGUCACCUACCUAUCUAUUUGCCAAAAAUGAUUUAUAA